AUGGGACCAUCCAUCUGCGAAAAAAAACAAGACGAUGAUCGACGAGAAACAACUUCUGACCAGAAAAAAGAAGACGAUGAUCGACGCGAAACAACUUCUGACCAGGAAAAACAAAACGAUAAUCGACAAGAAACAACUUCGGUUUCACAUUCACUGGCAAGUGAUCAUGACACAUUUAUAGCUAAGAAAAUUCAACUUUCUCAAAAGAGGAAAAAAGCACAGGAUGGACUGCAAGCGCAGGCUAAAAAAAUGCUCAAGAUGUCCAAUAAAGAAUUUCCUCCUGCUGCAGUAGGAGAUUCGGUGAAAGUCCCUAUCCCAGAUGUAGACAGAGACGAAGAGGAAAGCGCGGCCAAUUUUGAUAUGGAAGGUGCGUCAACUGACGACUACAAAAAGAAAUUCCUGGCUGCUAAGAUAAAAGUAUCGCAUUUAAGGACACCUGUACAAGUCCCUUCACCAGGUAUCCCGGUACAUACAGCAAUGGUUCAGCAAAGUAAUACGAAAACUUUUAAGUUGCUGAAGAUAGAAAUCGUGAAAUUUUCCGGUAAUGUGCGCGACUGGUUGCUUUUCUGGAACCAAUUCAGAAAAAUUCAUGAAGACGGUACAAUUAAUGACGAGGACAAAUUUCAGCAUUUAGAGCAGUCAAUUGAAGCCGGAUCGCGAGCUCAUGAGCUGGUUAAUAGUUUCCCGCCAACGAGGGAAAACUAUCAAAAAGCAAUUUCUAGUUUGAAAAAUCGUUUCGGAAAGGACGAGUUGCAGGUGGAAGUGUACGUGAGAGAACUGCUAUGUUUGGUACUGAACAAUGUGGUGCGUGGAAAAGAAAAGAUAUCACUCGUUCAAUUGUAUGAUAAACUUGAAACGCAAAUGCGCGCAUUGGAAACGCUAUGCGUGACUUCAGAUAAGUGCGCGGCCAUGCUCUAUUCGUUAGUAGAGUCUUCACUUCCGGAAGAUGUGUUAAGAGCGUGGCAGCGAACUCCGGCAGCAAGUGGCGCCAAAGAUUCAAAAUCUCGAUUAAAUCUGUUGAUGGAAUUUUUGGGAUCGGAGGUGGAGAACGAAGAGCGCAUUCGGUUGGCGAUAUCGGGUUUCUCUCUGGGAGGAGCUGAAAAAACAAAGCGUCAGAAAAGCAAGGAAGAUUCAUCGCGAGAAAUAAUACCUACGGCCAUGGAAUUGUUGACUACCCAAAGGACUAUGGAGUGUAUGUUUUGUGAAAAUAACAAUCAUGAAAGCCAAGAUUGUUAUAAGGCAAAAAGAAUGAGCCUUUCGGAACGUCGGGAAACAGUCAAGGUGGCAGGUACUUGCUUCAACUGUUUAAAAAAGGGGCACAGCUUUAGACGGUGUAAGUCAAAGGUGAAAUGUGCUUGGUGUGGAAAGAUACACGUGUUACUUAUGUGUCCUGAAAAAGGGAAAAAUACGAUUGGUGGUGAAAAUACGGACUCUAAAGGUGGCGCGUGUGAAGAGCAGAAUUUGGCAAGUCUGUCUAGUGUCCCGGAAGUACAUUUACAAACACUGUGUGUCAGAAUAGUUAACGGCAGCCGUGAAUGUGUUGUGCGAGCACUGAUCGACAGUGGUUCUCAGCGCUCUUACCUCACGCGUGAAGUUAUAGAAAAAAUGAAUUAUAAGCCCAUUGAGAAUUGUGAAUUGAUCCAUAGUCUUUUUGGCGGAGUGAAGUCGACACCAGAAAUGCACGGUGUAUUUUUGGUGCAUUUGAAAAGUGUGAACGAUGACUAUGCCUGCAAUUUUAAAGUGAUGGAUAAAAAUAUUAUAUGUGGUGAAAUAGCGCGUGUGAAAUCGAGCGACUGGUUCAAGGAGCUUAAAAGCAACGGCGUGAGUUUGUCGGACAUUGGAGAGGAUAUGAAACCUAUAGAUCUGUUAAUUGGCGCGGACGUCGCUGGAAAAUCUGUUAACGGGUAA